AUGGAAGGAAAAGAAAGCGAAGAAAGACAGACAGCAACAGCUGCCCGUUGGUGGUUAUCACUACUUGAACAGAGUCCAGGUAUAGACGUCGUGUACUUAUGGUGCCGGCGGCGGGAAGCAGCAGAAUCGCUGAUGCGGUCCCCAGAGGGCUCAGGCUUACAGACAGACCGCGUGGUAUGGGGAGACGGUGAGAACACCCAGGGAAGAAAGAGCUUAAAAGCCAUCGUCCUGUCACAACGUGUGGACUCUUUUAUUAUUGCAGCUUCGCCAGAAAUGCAUGCGGAAUUGCUGGAGACCCUCUUUUCCAUACCACAAGGCAGAGAAAAGCAUGUGUUUAGCUGCACUCCUCCCUCCUAUAGUUUUCCUCGCAUGCAGCGCCUUGUGUCGCAGUACGGUGAUUCCACACCCCGGUGUGUUUGGGCAGUAUGCAGCUCAUUCAUACACGAAGUCGCUGCUGCCAAAGUGAAAGCGAUUCUUCUUGACUUAGGGCAGCUUGUGGCAGCGCAAGUGAAUUGUACAUCGCUUCUGCAAAACCAGGCUGUCGCUGAAUGCGGAAACGCAAACAACCUCCUCAAGAGCAGUAGUCUAAAUGGUAAGCCACAUACCCAAGCCUUCAAGGACAAAUUCAAGCAUGCAGACAUUGUGCUAGACCUGAACUUACAGAAGCUUUCCAAUACCGUAAAGGCUAAGUACAGGACUUCAUCUUUAGCUCAAACCGACAAGGCUUUCGAUACCAUGAAGGCCAAGCGGCCGGCAAACCUAUGUUCUGAGCCACAACACCUCCGUCGAUCCGCGACACAUUAA